UAAAUAUGUUCGAGAGUUCUUUUGUUUAGACGAACCACCAGGACCACAUGACAGCUUGGAAGAAAGUCGAGCAUUAUGCGAGAGUCUUGAAGAUGCUGUUUACCAUCUAAGGCAUGAGGUUGCGAAAAAAGACAAAUUAAUUGGUCGUCUUACCGAAGAAGUUGUGGCAUUGAGAGAGGAAAAUGAACAAUUGCUAAAAUCGUUACGUAGCGAAAAUAGUUCUUCAAGCUUCCGUCAAUCUUCGCCCCCACCUGAGAGUGAGAGUAGUCUGGCUGAGUGUGAAUACCCAUCUGCUGUGGAGGCCGACCAAUCACAUACCAAUGAAGAUAGUGACAAAUCAAGCAUUCUGAAAAGUGAUGUAUCAAGUAGAAUGUUGGAAGAGAUAACAGUCGUCACUUUGAAAAAAACAUUCCGUGUUAGAUUUAGUGAUAUCGUUAACGAAGUUGAAUGCAUAUCAAGUCUGGAAUAGUGUCUACAAAUUCUGCUGUGUCUUAUCUGUGACAGUUGCUAUUGGUUACAGUAGUGUAUCUUUCAUGCAGUCUGAGUGGAUCAACAUCUCCAUCUAUCUGUCAUCUCAGAUUUUGAGGUGA